AUGGGCCUCGCGCUGCCGACAGAAUCUCUGUCCUCCCUUGCCGCCGCCGCCGCCAUUUGCACGCUCGCUGCUCUGGCGGUGGGCACGGCGCUCGCCACACGCGGCUUGCGGGCGGAGGCAAUCGAGCAGGACGUUGCGAGAGUGCGUGCGGCACGCAUGAGGGCGCAAGCAAAGUCUCACGCCGCGCUCGCGUCCGCCGUACUCGCUGGCCGGGCGGCGGAAGAGCAGAAGGCUCGCGCGACAGAAGCUCGGACAGCAGCGAUGGCGUCGCUCGCCUCGGACGCCAGCACCUGCACCGUGAGCACCACUGGGCCGAUCGAGCUGCCGCCCGAGCUGUGGCUGGCGGUGGCAAGCUACCUUGACGCGCGGUCGCUUGUGCGGUUUGCCCAGGCCUGCCGAUGCCUCCGCGCGUGCGCCUCCACGCCGAGCUUGUGGGAGACGCUGCUCGAGCGGCUCGGCGUGACGGUCGAGGGCUGCGGGCCAACAGCGGAGGCCAGAGAGGGAGCCUUGCCAUCCGCGCCGGCGGUGGGGCCGCGGCUGCUCUUUUCGCGCGCACGCGCCGCGAUUGCCAAGAACGAGGGCUUCUACCGCUCCUUCCGCGAGCGAGACCACCUUGCGAUGGCGUCGCUCUGGCUCUCGGACGCGCGGCCCUGGCCGGAGCGCGAGCAGAUCUCGCAGUUCUUCCCCGCUGGCUUGCUGCGCGACUACCCGGAUCUGUGCGCCAUCAACGACAGCUGGGCGCGGGGCUUCGGCAGCGGGCACGAUCGCUUGAAGCACGUGCGGCGCAUCACAAUCUCGCCGUGCGGCCGGCUCGUCCGCUUCGCGCUCAGGGAGCGCAUCCUAUCGUCGCGCGGCAUCCGCACGCCCGGCCCCGGCAUCGCGAGCAGGAACGAUUUUGUGCUCCCGCAGGCGGGCGAGGGCGACGAGUGGCCCGGGCACUCUCAGCAAGAGCUACGCGAGGCUGGGAAUGCCGGCUUCAAGGGCACCACCUACACGUUCACGAACGUCGACCUGUCGAAGCUUCCUCCAGGGUCGAUGGGGACCUACUACCUGGUCAACCUGCCUGGGAAUGGCGCUGAGGGCAUGACGGCCACAGCCUCCAAUUAG